GUUUGAUUUCGGCUCUUUUCGGAGAGCUUCGCGGGUCAACAACCAAUCCAAUGGAGGAAAUUUUCUCCGACUUCUUUCAAUAAAUGGCGAAGUUGUGUUUGUCAAGAUAGGUUUGUUUACUGUGAAAUAUCGCCAAUAUUUAAUUACAAUCAAGAGUUUGGCGUGUGUUCAGAGGUAGAUGAAGGAUUUAGCAUGUCUCGCAACCACAAGGACAAGUAUGAAAACUGUAAUCCGCGUCGUGCACACACCAUCAUGUCCGCGGAGGACGCAGCUGCUGGAAAGAAAUCUCAUUGGCCGGAACUGGAGAUAACAGGGACUAUCCGGAAUUUAAGCCCAAAUUUGUGGCAGCUCACUCAUCUCACUUCUUUGUACCUGAAUGACAACUGCCUUUCUCGCAUCCCGCCGGACAUCUGUCGUCUGGUGAACCUGCGCGCGCUCGACCUGUCCAGCAAUAAGCUGCGCAGCCUGCCUGCUGAGCUGGGCGAGCUCAUCUACCUCAGGGAGUUACACCUGAAUAAUAACUUGCUGCGGGUGCUACCAUAUGAACUUGGCAAGCUAUUCCAGCUGCACGUCUUGGGGCUGGCAGGCAAUCCACUCAGCAAGGAAAUCCUGGCGCUGUAUGGAGAGCCUAAUGGUACCCACAAGCUGCUCACUUACAUGUUGGACAACUUGCAAGGACCAGAUCCCAAUCAGGCACAACAACCUAUAUUGGUGUGCACUGCCCAUAUUCAUUGGGACCCCGAGUUCUGUGAUGUGAAGCUCAUCCAAACUAUGAUGCUGAGCAAUGAGCUGAGAGGCAUUUUGGACCAGGAAGCUGCAAACCUUCAAGGUGUGAUAGAGUUCCUGACAUCUGGACGUGUGCCUGCAGACCACAAGGACUUCAAGUUUGAUUUCAAGGGUAUAAUUGACUAUAUCUUCUAUUCGAAGAACAGUAUGACACCGUUGGGAUUACUGGGGCCGCUUGCUCCUGAAUGGUUGAGGGAAAACAAGGUGGUGGGUUGUCCACAUCCUCAUGUACCCUCAGAUCAUUUUCCUCUGCUGGUGGAGCUUGAGAUGAUCCCCACAGUGCCACCAGCCAGCAAUGGGCUGACAGUGCCCCGCAGGUAGCGUCCGCCCACGCGGCUGCCCGCAGCGCCCACUCAUGCCCGGACGCACAUGGCCUGACGGACCACUUCUGCUGUCUUGACACACGUCUCAAUGUGUGGUGAGCAUCUGCGCUGCUGCUGCCGCCAGCAGACUACGGGACUCAGCAAAUCAUUGUACAAUAAGUGAAACAUCUUUUGCAUUAUAUUUUUUUAUUUAAUGUCAGUGAAGUUUAUUUAUAAUUGUCGAUAUCAGUGAGGUGGAUAUGUGUCAUGCUGAGUGAGAAUUAGAGUGCUAGGGAGGCAAGUGAGCCCUGUCCUCCUCCCUCUCCUCUUGGGACAAUCCCUUGCACAAUCCAGCAGUCACCAAAUCUAGUUUGCCAGUAUACUGUUUACUGUAUGUAAGUAGAAUCAUGCUUGAAAAUAUCAAUGCGCUAGUUAAUACAGAAUGUUUCCCCACUGCCUCGUGGUUCAAUGCCUGUCUUGUACUUUACUUUCUUUAUUUUUAUUUUAUUUUUAUUUUUUUCCUAUCUGUAUAUUUGGUAAUUUUUAAGCUGUCAAGCAUGGCGUAUGACUUUUAUGGAUUAUUGCUAUGUAAAUAAAUGGUUCAGUUUUAAAUGUUUAUGAAUGAAAUGUACAAAAGUGGGAAACGUGAGGCUUCAUUGUGAGACUGGCCUCUUGCUUUUAUAUUCUACAAGAAGUGCCACAACUUCCUCAGGCCGGGUAGUGCAUUUUCAGGGUAUAGAAAUCCUGUAAGUCCUGUUUUUCUCUCUAGAUGUAUCUAAUUUUCGAAUGACUAUUGUAACAGGAUGACCUGGUAUUCUCACUUUUAUUCAGAAUGACCAUUGGAUCAUUGAUGGUCACAAAAAUUAAUAAAUGCCUGGUGUGCCUCCCGGUUUCUAUGUAGCAGAGUAGUGUGUUUUGUUUGUGAUGAGUAGGACCAAUGGUGCUUAGAUAAAUGGUGUACAUGGUAGAUUAUUGCUACGAUUGGGGUUGGUAAGGUGGGAGCUUUGGUUUGGACCUUGCAGGCAGUAUAUCAUGUUCAACUAAGACAACCCCUUCAUUUCUCAGUAUUUUCUCAAUUUCCUGUAGCUGUGAGGUUGUAAUUUUUCUGGUUAUAUCUCCUGAAACACCUUUACAUUGUUCUAUCAAUCGCAAAGUUUUCAUAAAUUUGUUGUCAGAUCAGAAUAUUGAUCUGCACAAUUUGUUACAUAAGAGAGUGCAAUUAAUUUGUAAUGGUGAAGAGAUAUGAUCAGACAGGGACCUCUCCACAUGUAAGUGCUAGAUUGCAAAUCAGAUUAAAACAACAGUAUUCAAAAUUCUUCAAGUGUUUGCUAGUGUAUUUUUUAUGAUAUUGUGAUCAUUUUACCAAAGCAAUCAGAGUGAGCGACACAAAGAGUACAAAAUUCCAUUUGUUCACUAGAGUUAUGUCAAGUUAGUUUUCUUCAGACAGUGGUCAAAUAUUGAAUAGGACCAGUCAUCCCAGUCCAUGACAAUGCAAGUUGUUAUGUUUGCUAGGGCAGUUGCUUUGAAAUCUGGCACUUAGCUCUGUGUUCUCUAGUAUUAGAUGAAUGGGUUUCAGUCAAAAAUGUAUGCUGUUGUUUUCAUUGUGGUACAAAUUAGAGUACAGUUUGCUAUUUGUUUUUCUGUUUGGUGCACACUUCUCAUCUUUCACUGCAUUUUUAAAGACCCAGGCCACCCUGGGCAUUGUCCAAGUUUCCUGUGCGUGUGCACUUUGCAUCAUUGGGCAUGUGCACAUAUAUGGGCAGGAGAAAGUGUGCCUAGUGUGUGCGAGCAUGUAAGUGUGCAUGUGUGAAAGAAUGUGUGUGUGCCAGGUGGUGGCAUAGGCACUGCCAUAUGCUUCCAACCAGGGCAGGGUGCAAACUGUGCCAUGGUAUACACUGUGAAGGGAAACAUUAUCUUGUUUUCCAUCUGUCGCAGCUGUUAUCUGUAGAGAAAGGUUUUCACCUUCCUGGAGUACAUAGUGUUAUUUGUGCUUAAUGUUAUGUAAAAACUUUUGUAGCACUGCAAUAUUAUUUUAGAAUUUCUAUCAUACAAUGUGCAAGUUGAAUAAUGAAUGUUUUAAGAAAUGUGUACUUAAGAAUAAUUUAGAACCACUGCUCAAGAAGCAUCAGUUUCUUGUACAGUCUAACCUGUGUCAAGAAUAUAGAGACAAACCUAUAUGCAUGUCCAGUAUUGUAUCUUGGAGAGAAGACGGACUUCCCACUCAACAAGUCACAAAUCUCUUAUUUAAAUGCUCUGCAAGUCAGUAUUUUUGGAAUAUACAAAUCAUGAUUUUUAACUUACUCCUGCCAGGUACAGUGGAACCCCAUGUGUCAUUUUGUCUUUCACCUAAACAAAUAUUUUACUUGAACUCGCUUUUGAAACUGCCUUGUCUCUUUCUGUGAGAAAAUGAGUAUGUUAAAAAUUCAAAAUUAUCUUCAGAGGCCAUUUACAAACUGGGGUUGCACUGUAUGUGUGUUGAUGGGCAAGCAAAGAAGAUAUAUUUGUUAAAGGGAUAUCCAUUUUUAUUUAUUAAAAUCGGAAGUUAAUUACUCUUUGCUGUGUUUCAUUUAC